GUAAUCGCAUGUGCACGGUACGGCUGCAUUACCCCCCCUUCCAGGCCAUAAAUACGGUUACAGACUUACAGUUGAACUAAGUAUGAAUGAUAACAUCGAUGUAUACAACUUUCGUUGUGCUAUAGGGACUGAUACAUCAAUUCUACAGCUGCCAGUGCUUCAACAUCGAACAUUCCGCAUCUUGAUUCUCCACGACUACCAUACACUUCGACACCUUAAGAAGGCCUUCGUAAGCGCUGGUUGCUAAUUUCCAAAAUGUAACCCGCCAGUGCAGUUAUAAUUAUCCAGGAAGGGAGCGCCGGAGCGUCACGGUCUUGCCUUGGGAAAUAGUGGGGAUUUGCGCUGGUGUCAUUUUUAAAAGUGCCUCCUACUAGAUGUUCGGCAUCUAACGAACCCCGAACACACCUUAGCGCUCGAUAUCUGGAGUUCCUCUUACCAGCCUAGUUCUCCUGAACUGUAACUAACCUCGGUCCUUCAGUCAAAUGGCGUCGCAGCCGAGCGAACCACAACUGUCGGAAACAUUUGAAGGUCAUCACGAAUGCAUAUCUGCAUUUGUAGUUUUGCCCGACGCACGGCGUAUGGUCACCAGUUCGAGGGUCCACGAUACACUUUAUCUGUGGGAAUUGACGACGAAAAGAUUAUUGAAACGUCUGGUAGGGCACCCCAGUGAUGUAUUUGAAGUUGUGGUAUCACGAGACGGGAGAUUGAUAGCAAGCUGUGAUGUCACUGGAGGGAUCAUUCCCUGGGACGGAGAAACUGGAGAUUGUCUCCUUCAUGCUAAAACCACUGAGAUCACUACCCAAAACGGGUCCACUGCUCAAAUCUACUCUUCCGCUUUUCCGAUCAUCGUAGCUUACGAGUCCACUGCGGUUUUAUCGCUGGACUUUUCUGCGGAUGGAACAACUCUGGCGAGCGCGGGCGACCGUACAGUGAAAUUUUGGAAUACAACUACGUGGCAGCAACAAGCAGCAAUCACUCCGAGUCCUGAUGCACUGGCAGUUGUAUGCUGCGUUCGGUAUUCGUCAUCCGGCGAAUAUCUUGCCAUCGCGACGGAACAACUUCAAGUUGAAAAUAUCUUCAUUUAUAAUCCAGAAAAUAUGCAACUUAUCAAAACGCUCAACGGUCACUCAGGUGGCACCUUCACGCUCACGUGGACGUUCCAGGGAACGCACCUUCUCUCAGGGGGCAGUAGAGACGAUCCUACCAUUCGGGUGUGGGAUGCGUCGAGAGGGAACGAGAUUUGUUCCUUCCGUGGUCACGCCGAACAGAUCAACGCCAUUUCUGUCAAUGAGUCCAACACCAUUAUCACAUCCACAUCUCGUGACAGAAGUGUCCGUCUCUGGCCGUUCCCGAUUCAAUCCAACGUACUCAAGCUUUCCGACGGCGCGUUUUGUGACACGUUCUCCGUGGAUGGCCAGUAUGUAUUCAGCGUAGGCGAUGACCACUGGCAGAAGACAUCGCAGUGGCUACUACCCUCGAGGCCGGUGUUGACUCCAGUGGAUAAUGUUAUCAGAAAGAUCAACAUUGCCAACACCAUGUCCAAGGCCGAGCUCAAUGCGUGCAUUACUGGGAACUUGUCCGAUUUGUCUAAGGCUGUGAAGAUAUUCACAGAAGCAAUAACGGUAGAUGCCAGCGUCUACACAUGCUACGUACACCGUGCAAUUGUUUUUGUACGCCUACGUGAAUGGGAUGCCGCGCUUGAAGAUGCGGACAAGUCUGUUAACAUUCAACGCUCAGCGCUGGGCCUUAUGUUGAAGGGCAUCGCCCUCUAUGGAAAGAAACAGAUGAAGGAAGCGAGUAGAGCGUUCGAUCGUGCGUUGCAGUUGGCGAGUAGAGAUUCAACAUCCCAUCUUCUUUUUUUGAUCAAGGCUAUUGCAUUAUUCAAUGCAAAUGAACAUGAUGAAGCGAUCAUGCACGUGAAAGACAUGGCUGAGGCUUCUCUCAAUAAUGAUGCUGAUCUUCGUGCUUGUAAUGUCGUGCAAACAUACUUCUACGCCGAAAUGGCACUCGCUGGCUCGGAGGGCAACAUUCACGACAAGGCCAUCGAGUACAUCACUACCGCCAUCAAAAUUGCCACUGCCUGCUCACUUGAAACGAUGGACAUCUCCGUGUAUACAGAAUUCGACGUGCUUUUCGGGUGGAUGCUUAAGUCAUUAUGGCAAAAGAUAAACAAGUAUCGCUGCCUUAUACUCUUCCGGGCAUCUAACAUCGGAGCACUCGAGUGCUAUCGAUUACUGAUGGAAUCGUGCGACAAAGAUGAGAGAGAUAGCUUGGUUGCCUGGUUUGCUACUUACAUGGGUGCAGACUGUUUUCCGCAUGCAGUCCAGACACAAUCAGCGACAGAGGCAAGGGUGAGAGAGGACGCAGAAGAUGAAGUCAAAAAAGCGAGAUCAGAAACAAAAUUUGCCGAAACAAACACGGAAAGAGAUACAGAGGUGGACAGCGCCACCGUCGCGGAUGAUAAGAAGCAGGCAGCGAUCAAAAAGUGGGCCGCCAGCUUCAGAAGGACCUUAAAUGUCCCCAAGGAUAUGGUUGGAUCCCGAAUCAGACUUUUUCUAUUCUGUUUUUUGUUUUUGUUUUUGUUUUCUUUUGUUUCCUAUUUUUUUGGCAUGUAUUUCUCUCCGUUGGGAGAUAUGCUGACUUCCUAUGUGGGAGCCUUUGGUGAAAGGCGAACGCAGGAGGAGGCCAAACCGCAAGAGUACUUUGGAAGAGAUAAUGGUAUAUGUGUAUACUAGAGAGUAACGUCAGGACGAGACAGCGGGGAACAUAUACCUACUCUCAGAUUUAAA